CCACAUCGCAUCCAUCCGCUCAGCUCAGCUCAGCUCGAUCGAACUUCGCACACGCGUACAUUAAUUUUCAAGAACGUACUGGUUGGUGGUGGUAGUAGCUACUAGCUACUAUAAACGAUGGACCAGAUGCUGGGCAAGCACCUGCAGAUGCCUUCCGUGACUACGAGCGCCGCCUGCCAGCAGCCGCAGUCGCCGCCGCCGUCGCCGCAGCAGCAGUACCGGGGCGUGCGGAAGCGCAAGUGGGGCAAGUGGGUGUCGGAGAUCCGGCAGCCGGGCACCAAGACGCGCAUCUGGCUCGGCAGCUUCGAGUCGGCCGAGAUGGCCGCGGUGGCGCACGACGUGGCGGCGCUGCGCCUGCGGGGCCGCGACGCGCAGCUCAACUUCCCGGGCUGCGUCGCCUGGCUGCCGCGCCCGGCGACCUCGCACGCGCGCGACGUCCGCGCCGCGGCGGCCGAGGCCGCAGACCGCGUGCGCUGCGACCCGGCGCUGCUGCUGCUCCAGCAGGCGGCGGCAGCGCGGUGCCACGACUACGACCACGACCACGAGUUCGGGGCCGGGCCGGCGCCGGUGGUCGAGCUCGGGAGCGACGAGGAGUUCGAGCUGGACCUGGACUCGCCCAGCCUCUGGGCCGAGAUGGCGGAGGCCAUGCUCCUGGACCCGCCGGGCUGGGCCACCGGCGUCGUCGGCGACGCGGCGGAGGUGGCCCUGUGCUGGCCACACGGCUCCCUCUGGGACGCCUGCUAGCUCGGCCAGGCACCCCGGCUCUGGGUCGUCUGGCUGCGAGUGUUUGGCCAUGGCCGAUGUGGCCACCGGACGCUGUUUGGUCUCACAAGUGUCGCAGUGCUUUUGGUGUGUGCCACUGUGAGCGCGUCUCUGUUGAUUCUCCCCCGCGUGUGGUUUUGCUUUACGUCUGCUGCUGUUGGGCUUGCUGUUUUCGUUCCUCUUAUCAUCUUACCUGUAUCACUACCAUUAGCUAGCCAAAAUGAUGACAGUCCAGAUCAUUUGAAGACAAACAAAAUUAGUACGGAUGUGCCCUGCUGAUACUGAUAUUAUGGUUUGGUCUAUUCCUGCAUUUUGUACUAAUUUGUGCAGUCACAUUAUU